GAUACGAACAUCAUGAAAUAAAUAAUUUAUUAUGACUGAACAACAAGACAAAGAAAAGUUUUAAAUUAAUGAUUUUAUAUAAUAUUUCCCAAUUAAGAAUUAUAAAUUAUCUAAAAAAAAAUGUUAAUGGUGUUUCUGAUAAAACUCUACGCAAAAAUUUUAUUGACAUUGAUCCCAAAAAUAUAGUCAAUAUUAUUAAUUUAUUACUGAAUGAUGGCUCGUUGAAUUUGUUGAAAUCAUCAAAUAACACAUUAAUAUACAAAUAUAACAAUGUUGAAAAAAAUGCUUCUCAAUUAUUGGAGGAAUCAGAUGAAAAGCUUGUUUAUCAGAUUAUUAAAGAUUCUGGAAAUAAAGGUAUAUGGAUUCGGGAUAUUAGAUACAAAUCAAAUUUAUUGUUGGCACAAUUAAACAAGAUUGUCAAAAAUUUGGAAACCUUGAAAUUGGUUAAAUCAAUCAAAGCAAUAUCAGCCUCUAAGAAAAAAUUAUACAUGUUAUAUGAAAUCGAACCAGAUCAGUCUUUGACAGGAGGGUCUUGGUACUCUGAUCAAGAUUUUGAAUCAGAAUUUGUUGAAAUAUUAAAUAAUCAAUGCUUGAAAUAUAUAUAUCAAGAAAUAAAUUCAAGGAAAAAAAGUUUUAUGAAAGCUUAUAACAAAAUACACCCACUUGUAAUGUAUGUUUCAUCUGUAGAGAUAUUAAAACAUAUAACUGAUUUGGGCAUUUCAAAAAUAUCUUUAAGCUUAGAUGAUAUUGAAAUGAUAAUGGAAACAUUAUUUUAUGACAAUUGUGUUGAAAAAAUUAUUGUAUCACAAUCAUUAUUACCACUUUUUAUUUUAAACAACAUUAGUGAAAAAGCAAAUGAUAAAUUGGUAAAUGAAUAUAUCAAAUUAUAUAAAACAACUCAAUCUUUUUUCCCCUUUUCUAAUAUUUUAUCGGAUAUUGAAAAUUUAGACCCUAUUAAUUCACAGAAUAAAAUAAGUGGACUUUUUUCAGUGCCAUGUGGCAUAUGUCCUACUUUUAAUAAAUGCUCAACAAAUGGAUAUAUAUCACCUAUAACAUGCUCAUAUAUGGGUGAAUGGUUGAAAUAUUGAUUAUAGCAUUUUUUUUAUCUUAAGAAUUAUACCAAUAUUUAAAUAUGUAAAAUAAUUUUUAUUUAUUGACAUAUGUAUUAUAAAAAUUUUUGUAUAAAAAAAUCAUUGAUUGGCAUGGAUGGUAUAAAAUAAAUAUAAAAUUUAGUAUUGUUAAAAAUCCUGAUUUGGGUUGAUUUUUAAAAAUGGCCCAAUUAAGGAGAAGAGAUCCAUCUUUUUGCCAUCUAUGAGAAAAAUCUCUAGGCCUGAUAAUAUUGUUUUGGCUAAAAUCUUAAUCAGGUUGUUUACCCAAAUCUUGCUUUUUAACAACAUUAAUAGCUUAUAUAAAAUUUGAAAUUAAUGGUUUUAUUAUAAAUAAUAGACAAGGAUAUGAAACUGUGUGACACACCUAAACUACACAUUUUUAUUUCAAAUUCAAAUUUGAUAUAAUAAUAAUAUGAUGUCCCAUCAAUGGGUUUUAGCUAAUUUUUUAUAAAUACUAUAAAAUUUACAAUGGAUAUUAAAACAAUAUUCAUAUAAAAGUUCUACAAAUAAAUUUGAUAUAAAAACAAUUGCACAAGUCAUAUUAUAAAAUAUUGCCUUUAUUAUG